AUGGCUGAAGCACUCGGCAUCGCCAGCUCUAUCGUCGGAAUAGUUGCCCUGGCAGAUGUAGUUGCCUCAAAGAGAAUACGUCUCUACACUACGAUCAAAGAUUGCCCGAAAGAGAUCAAGAUACUUGUGGACGAAGUUGGUGGCCUUUGUGGGUUACUGGGUACACUCAAGCGCCGGUAUGGCGCACUUAUGGGUUCACAGAGCGUUACAGGGUUCAGCGUUCACUCCGAAUCUCUCUUACAAGGCUGUGAGGAGACACUAGAUAUGAUGGACCGUAUCCUUAUAAAGUCGAAAGCAAGGACAGGGGAGACUUGGGCGAAUAUGGUAAAAAGGGUAAAGUGGAAAUACAGGAAGGAUGAUGUACUUGAGCUCUUGGAAAGAGUGGAGAGACAUAAGAGUAGCUUUCAACUGGCCCUCUCACUGAAUAGGGUGGAAACCCUUCAGGAGCUACUCGCUGGAAAUAGUAAUAUUUCUCAGCACAUAUUGGAGAGCAAGGGCGAGACAAUCCAAGAGAUCGAAAGAUCAAAAAGAGAGCUCCUAUCUGAGUUGAAACAAAUGGAUAAUCGCCAGGCAGGUACUCGGAUAAGCAAUGAGCAGAAAGAAAAAGAUAAACGCCGCCUCGAAGUGCUAAGUUGGCUAUCGCCGGUCGGUUUCAGGGGAAAACACAGCGAAGUCAAGCGACAUAGGUCCCCUGCGAGUCUGUUGUGUAAAGGCACUCCUGGUGUGGGGAAAACCUUUAUAACAUCGAAGAUACUGGACCAUCUAGAAUCACUUUUCCCAGAUGUAUAUGGGGAUGUCGCCAUUGCCUAUGUUUACUGCGAGUUCAAACAGCGUGUCACCCAGACCCCGGAAUUGAUAUUUGCUUCCAUUAUUCAGCAAUUGGCGUAUCAUCAGCCAAAUCUGGAUCCUGAGAUAGAUAUUCUAUACAAGGAUAGGAAUUCUCCACGCCCUCCCUUAGAAAUGUUAAUUUCAGCAAUUCUGUCUAUAUCGCGAAAUUUCAACGCCGUAUAUAUAGUUUUUGACGCCUUGGACGAGUGCGACGAGAAGAAUCAGAGGAAGGAUAUUCUCGCGUAUCUACAGGGAUUUUCACGGGCACCCUUCAAAAUCCUCGCUACAAGUCGGCCUCACCCUUUAGAUAUUACCGCUGCUUUUAAGGAUGCGGCCAAGGCAACUAUUCGUGCACAUGAUGACGAUAUUGAAUGUUACGUGAGGCAAAGAAUAAAGCAAGAGAUAUCGACUGGGAUCACGAUUAAGCGGGAAUUAGCUGAAAUUAUAGUCAGGCAAAUUACUUCUAAAGCAGAAGGAAUAUUUCUGCUUGCCAAGUUUCAUAUUGGGUAUAUUCUCAGCAAAUUAACAGCAAGAGAUAAGCGGAAGGCUGCUAUAAGUCUUACUUCAGACCUUACAGCCGUCUACGGAGCAAUUAUGGCCACUAUCGAAGAAAAACAGGAAUCCCGCAAGCUUUCACUUAAGAUAUUAAAGUGGAUUAGUGCUGCAACACGACAACUUCAGUUUCAGGGACUACAGACAGCGAUCUCAAUAGAGGAUGGCGAUGCUGAGAUAGACGAGGAGGGUUUUCUGGAUGCAAAGACUAUGGUAGAUCUUUGUGGGGGAUUAAUCGCUAUUGAACAGGAGACCGGUGCAGUCCGCUUUGUCCAUCAUACGGUCCAAGAAUAUGUUCUUUCCAAUUCUAGCAUUUCCAGCGAUGCCCAUUUACUCAUCGCCAAAACAUGUCUCACAUACCUGUCAUUGGAGACCCGUCAUCGAAAACUAUGUGAUCGAACACUGGCUAGAAUCAAGGGAUGGAGCUCCAUAGAUGAGCGAUAUUUUUGGGAUUAUGCAGCCUGUAACUGGGCGUUUCAUAUGCGAACCAUAGGUGAACCUAAAGAUCUUUCUAUAAGAGUACUGGCAAUGUUCGGGUCUCCAGAUUUACUCUAUGCAUUAGCACGAACCAUAUGGUGGUAUUCUUGGGAUGCUGAUUGGCUGGAGAAGGAUUAUCAGAGCCUCCCCCUACAUAUUUUUGCUGUUUCGGGCUUGAAUCGUCUAGUCCAGUUGACACUCAAAGAUUAUAGUCUGAGUGUCGACUUUAGAGAUUUUCGUGAUGGGAUAUUGCCACCAUCAAGAGCGGAUUUUAAAGAUACAUUCGGCCAGACCCCGCUAGCAUUGGCAUCUAAGGAAGGGCAUGAGGAAGUGACACCAUUAGCAUUAGCGGCUAAGAAUGGACAUGAGGCAGUGGUUCGUUUCCUGGCCGAGCGUAUAGGCGUUGAAGCGGACUCCAAAGAUAGAUUUGACCGGACACCUCUAUCAUUGGCAGCUGAGAGAGGCCACGAAGCAGUGGUUCAAUUCCUAGCCGAACGGACAGACGUUGAUGCGGAUUCGAGAGAUAUUUAUGGACAAACGCCGCUGUCAUUGGCGGCUCAGAAUGGACACGAGGCAGUGACACCACUAUCCUUAGCAGCUGAGAGAGGGCAAGAGUUAGUGGUCCGCUAUCUGGCCGACCGAACAGACGUUGACGCGGACUCGAAAGAUGAUGGCCAGACACCGCUAUCAUGGGCCGCUAUGAAUGGACAUGAAGUAGUGGUUCAUCUUCUGGCCAACCGGGCAGACGUUGAUGCGGACUGGAAAGAUUGGUAUGGCCACACACCACUAUCGUGGGCGGCAGGGAAUGGGCACGAGGCAGUGGUCAGUUUUCUGGCAGAGCGGGCAGACACCGUAGCGGACUCGACAGACAACACUGGUUGGACGCCGCUUUUGUUUGCAGCUGCACAAAGACAUAUGACUGUUGUUCGUUUCCUGGUGGAGCGAGCAGACGUCAAUGUAGACUCGAAGGAUAAAUGUGGCAAGACACCGCUGUCCUCGGCGGCUGAGACUGGGCAUGAGGCGGUAGUCCGUUUCCUCACUGACUGGACAGAUGUCGAUGCGGACUUAGAAGAUCAUACGAGUAAGAAACUAUUACCAUUUUAA